AUGCAGGACGAACGCCUGGAUGAAGUCUUCAAAGUCACAGGCGAGUUGAUCAAGCACUGCCAGGACGUGAUGGGCUGCAAGACCAGCCACGGCAGUUGCACCGGUUUACUUCUGGUCGUGACAGCCCUGCAGGAGAUACACCCCUGCUUUGACUACAUAGCCAAGUCCGACCUAGACAGCGCUGUUAAGGUGAGCUUCGGCGGCUACGAGGUCUCAUUGAGCGACGCGAACUUGAGGGCUGUAACAGUCAUGGAUCUGGUCGAGAGAAUCAAUACCCUCUUGACGUCGAUUAGCUCCAAGGGCCAGGGCAUGAUCAACCAACUGAGCGAGCCAUCAUCUCUUGCCACGGCGAACAUUGCCUAUCUCGAGGCGAUGAUCAGCCAUUUCAAGACUAUCUUUCGAUGUGUUACGAAGACGAGACCUCAGAGAGCACAGCAAUCAAAUCAUCGACUCUCUCCCCUCCCCAAUGAGUCCAAGGCCUCAAAUACCAAGAAACAAGAGCAGAAGAAGGCUGCAGAUCCUCCCCGGCACAUCACAGGAUGGAAGUGGGCCGUAGCCUCCAGCGCCAUGCUCUUCCCCAUCUUCCUCUACGCCCUCGACGGCAGCAUCGUGGCCGUCAUCCAGGCCGCCAUAGUCGACGAGUUCGACGCCCUGGGCGACCUGUCCUGGAACAACGUCGGCCUCCUGAUGGGCGCGACGGCGACCGUCAUGUUCUGGGGACAGGUGUACGCGCAGUUCGGCGCCAAGUGGGUCUACCUCUUCAACGUCGUCGUCUUCGAGCCCGGGUCCGCCGUCUGCGGCGCCGCACCAAACAUGGACGCCCUGAUCUUGGGCAGCUGCAUCUGCGGCGUGGGGGGCGCGGGCCUGUACGUCGGCGUGUUCACCCUCGUCGCCGCCACGACGACCAUGGCGGAGCGCCCGCUCUACGUCUCGGGCACGGGGCUCGCCUGGGGCUUGGGGACGGUCCUGGGCCCUGUCGUCGGGGGCGUGCUCGAGCAGUCUGCUGUUGGGUGGAGGUGGGCCUUCUAUAUCAACCUGUUCAUCGGAGCCGCAUGCGCUCCUGCGUGGUUGUUUCUGCUGCGCAGCAAGGAUCCCCGCCUGGGCGUCCCCUUCAUGAACCGCGUCAGGGAAUUAGACGAUGCCGGCAUUAUCCUGCUCGUGGGCUGCCUGGUGAGCCUCAUCAUGGCCAUUAACUUCGGUGGGGUUACCUACGCCUGGAGCUCGGGCCAGAUCAUUGGUCUCUUUGUGUGUGCCGGCGUGCUGUUCACCUUGUUGGCCGUCCAGCAGAGCCGGACACUAUUUGUCGACUUACCUCGCCGCCUGAUUCCGGUCCAAUUCUUCCGAAAGUAUACUGUCAUCAUUCUAUUCAUCUGCACCAGUGCUUCUGCCGCCGGAGUGCGCCUACUACCUCUGAUCAUCGUCUUGGUUGUCACCAUAUCCAUCAAUGGGGCUCUCAUGGCCAAGUUCGGUUACUAUAUGCCGUGCCGCGUGUACGGCUGCACGGUAGGCAUCGGAGUAGGGGUGGGGAUGUGGAUCCAGGCCUCCUUCUCCGUGGCGCAGGCCAUCGUGGAUCCGGAGGACGUGCCGGCUGCCAUAGGCUUCAUCACGCUCGCACAGUUCCUCGGCAACACGACGGCGCUGGCCAUCGCGGAUGCGGUGUUCCUGAACGAGGCCGAGACCAAGGUGCAGCAGCUUCUUCCGGGCCUCUCCGCGUCCGGUAUACAGGCAGCAAUCAGCGGCGUGACCAGUGGGUUUGCGCGGAAUCUUAGUUCGGAUGUGAGGGCAAAGGUGGUGGAUGCUAUUGUGGCCUCCAUUGGCAAGACCUACGUCCUGGUCAUGACCUCGGGUGCGCUGGUCGCUGUGCUGAGCUUGGCUAUGAAACGGGAGAAGUUGUUCAUUACUGCUGCUGUCGCUGGAAUUUAG